GAAGCCUUCUCAGCCCUCAAAGACAGACCAACAGACAGACAGACAGCUGGCAAGAGGCGCUGGGGGACACAGCUGCUUCAGCUGCCGCCUCCCGGGUGCCCCUGCAGAGAUCCCGGCCUUCCCAGGGUGACAACACCGCCACUUCCUGGGGAACGGAAGACACCCCAGUGAAAGCAGAGGUGCCAGAGGGCAGAAAGCCGGCCUGGGCCAGGCAGCCCAGAGGUCAAAGCUCAUGGCCGAGUGAGCCUCCCCUGGGCCCAGCCCCCCAGCAUGGUCCAGGCCUGCGGGGGGCGCUCCAGAGCACAGCCGCCAGCCACCGUCCCCCUGAGGGCAGCCAUGACCCAGCUUCCACCUGACCAGGCGCCAGCCAAGAAGCACGUGCGCCUGCAGGAGAGGCGCGGCUCCAAUGUGGCUCUGAUGCUGGACGUGCGGUCCCUGGGGGCCGUGGAGCCCAUCUGCUCGGUGCGCACGCCCCAGGAGGUCACCCUGCACUUUCUGCGCACAGCCGGGCACCCCCUCACGCGCCGGGCCCUGCAGCACCAGCCACCCAGCCCCAAGCAGCUGGAAGAGGAAUUCUUGAAGAUCCCCUCAAACUUUGUCAGCCCUGAAGACCUGGAUAUUCCUGGCCAUGCCUCCAAGGACCGAUACAAGACCAUCUUGCCAAACCCCCAGAGCCGCGUCUGUCUGGGCCGGGCGCAGAGCCAGGAGGACGGAGAUUACAUCAACGCCAACUACAUCCGGGGAUACGGUGGGAAGGACAAGGCCUACAUCGCCACCCAGGGUCCUAUGCCCAACACCGUGUCAGACUUCUGGGAGAUGGUGUGGCAGGAGGAGACGUCCCUCAUCGUCAUGCUGACUCAGCUCCGAGAGGGCAAGGAGAAGUGUGUCCACUACUGGCCCACGGAGGAGGAGACCUACGGGCCCUUCCGCAUCCAUGUCCAGGACAUGAGAGAGAGCCCGGAAUACACCGUGAGGCAGCUCACCAUCCAGCACCAGGAAGAGCGCCGGUCAGUGAAGCACAUCCUCUUCUCGGCCUGGCCUGACCACCAGACCCCAGAAUCGGCUGGGCCCCUGCUGCGGCUGGUGGCCGAGGUGGAGGACAGCCCAGAGACAGCUGCCAGCGCUGGGCCCGUCGUGGUCCACUGCAGCGCAGGGAUCGGCCGGACCGGCUGCUUCAUCGCCACCCGCAUCGGCUGCCAACAGCUGAAGGCCCUCGGGGAAGUGGACAUUCUGGGCAUCGUGUGCCAGUUGCGGCUGGACAGGGGGGGCAUGAUCCAGACCGCGGAGCAGUACCAGUUCCUGCACCACACCUUGGCCUUGUACGCCGCCCAGCUGCCAGAGGAGCCCAACCCCUGACCCUGGCACCCUCCCCCGCCCAGGGCCGCUUCCCUGGGCCUGGGAAGAGGCCCCCAGUGGACACCAGGGGCAACCCCCCAUGUCCCUCCAAGCUUACAGCUGGCAGCUGACCUUUACAACAGAGCUGGGAAGGAGGCCCGGGCAUCCUGGUCCCUGAAACGCCG